GGAACUUCAGCUUAAGAUGGAACAGCAACAGAAGAUUCUUAAAGACAGAGAGAUUGCUGCAUUUAAAAAGAAGAAAAAUAACUCGGUGUGGACUUUACAGAAAUCAGAGAAGUUAGAAGAGCAAAAGAAAUGGCUGGAUGAAGAAAUGGAAAGAAUUCUUCAACAGCACCAACAGUUAGCGGAACUAGAAGAAGAUUUAAAGAAAAGAGAAGCCAUUGUAGCUAAAAAAGAAGCAUUAUUGCAAGAGAAGAGCCUCCUAGAAAUCAAGAAACUGAGAUCUAGCCAGGCUUUAAACAAAGAUAGUAUGAAAUUGUCUACUCGCUUAAGUAUGCUGGACCAGGAAUUGUGUGAUAAAGGUAUGCAGCUUCAGGACAGCACUACUGAAGAUAAGACAGACAUUCUGGAAAAAAUUCAGGUUCUUCAGAAGGAAAGGGAUCAGCUACUCAGAAGAAGAAAUAGUGUGGAUGAGAAACUGAAAGAGGGUAACUGAAAAGUGUUGUCAGCUGAAGUAAGUAACUAUCUCUGAGAUACAUCAAAGUUUUAGGCAAUGUUGUAUAAUAAAGUAUUCCAAUCAUGACCUAAAAUGUCUCCCAGUAUUAGACAGUAGAGAAUCAAGGAACUGAGGUUGGGUGUUUUUGUUAACAGCCGACAUGAAAGUACUGCUAUAAUGGCACUACUUCCAUAACAGUGAACAACAUAUACUUUCAGAGGAACUUACUUACUUUAGCUAGAGUCCGGACAAAUGUCGCUGGCCUAACAAUUCUAUAAUUAGAAAUAAUGAAACAGGAUGUCCAUCAAUUUAUCUUAGGCAGCUAUUUUCCUAUCAGGACAUAGAACAAGGUGAAGUACUCUAAUAGUGAUGUCCCUUGAUUUUUUUUUUCAUAGGCUUUUGUGAAAGACCAAACCUCACCUGAAGGCCUCCAUAUAGUUACAAUGAAAAUAAGCCAUAUUGUGGAUGUUACACACUUGAAUUGAUCAGUAUAAUUAAGUUGAAGAUUGAAUAAAUUGAUGUAAAAUACACAGAUUUGUUUUAGGUCUUGAGAAGCAGCAGUUGGGGCCUAUUACUGAGCUGAUAGCAUGCCAGAAAGAAUCCUAUUUGCUUCACUCCACAGAAUCUUCUGCAAUACUUCAGGGCAUGAAUUUCUGCCACCUUCCUGCACAGAUAAUGGUCACCAAACUGCUUACAGAUCUGAUUGGUUCAUUAAUCGCUAAUUAGAAAACUAGUUCAACUGAAAAAGUAAUAGAAGUCAUCAAAU